UGAUUAUUGGUUUCCUGAUUUGGACCGGAAGGAUGGAUAUUAUUUUCUUGGAAUCCAUGUUGUGUUUAUCACUCCUUGUUUUAAAUAUUGCUGACGCAUGGACCUUGACUUCGCAAGGCCAUUUGUCUCUGACACAAAUACAGAUCCCUUCCUAAAAGAAAACAAAGGGAGAAGCUGUUGCGGUUCAUAGCAAGCAAUAACUGACACGACCCUAAGAACUGAGGGGGAGUUGGAAUCUGAAACAGAAUCAAACAAACUACCAGACAUGAUUCUGUCAAGCUUCUUUCGAUGAAUACUAUAAUGUGAAUGACCAACUGGGUCUUCCUUGUUUUCUGGAAAAAUCUAAGCAGGUGCCAGAAGUGAUCAGAACUGAAGGGGUGAUUGUUUUGUUUUGGUUCGGCCACUUGUGUUCGAGUGACAUGGAUGCUUUACCAAAAGUUUUGUAUGGGUGGAGCUGGGAAGAAAACAAGCUGUUUGAGAUGGCUUUGGCUGUGGUUGAUGAAGAAGACCCAGAUAGAUGGAAGGUGGUUGCAGCCAUGGUUGGAGGGAGGAAGAGUGAAGAGGAUGUGCAAAAACAUUAUGUGAUCCUUUUAGAGGAUUUGCAGGGUAUAGAGUCUGGUAAAUUGGAUCACACACUUGUUGGAGAAGCCCAGCCUUGUGUUCAGGUUGACUGCUUUCAAUCUGUAUGUUGGACUGAUGAAGAUCACAAGUUGCUGAUACGACUGGACAUGGAUUGAUUGGUAGGGUUGGCAAACAAUUCAACAGAGCAGAACUAUUCCUGUUGAGCUACUGCUCAGGAAGAUUGCAAGUCAGGAACAUAAUUGAUGGUGGUAGGAGUAUCAAUUCUUAAGCUUUGUUCGUAGUUUGUAAGGUACAAUACAUAUCUGUCCUUUGUAAAUCAGAAGUUGCCAAUGAAAUGUGGAUCAGAACUGUUAAUCUUCCAAUCUUUGCUUCCAUUUUCUUUCCUUUUCCUUUUUUGAAUUCCACGUCUUAGCCCGACAGUCAACCAUCCCACCUGUUCUUUUGCUGUUUAUUACCAAUGGUUGAAGUGCUUAGGAUUUCACAAACUGGCCAGAACCAUCUUGGACUUGUCUCAUGUUGACCACCUGAGGCAGCACAAUGUGAUCAAGAUGUCAGACUAAAGAAAUGUUGUUAGGAUUCCAUACACCACACCGAUUUUUGUUUAUCACCAAGUCUAGUUUAUGAAGAAAGCGAGGAGCUUGUGAAAUAAAUAUUCCGAAAAGUACAAUGUGCUCUGCACAUUAAGCAGCCAUGUGCAAGGGGAACGAACUAGGUCCAAAAAAGCGAACGGUUGACAUCCCUGCAUUUGUCGCAGCACAAUGUUAUGUUGAAACAAAAGUACACAGUGAGAGCAUGAAAAUUGUUCUGUUACAAUGCCAUUGAGGCCCCCGAUAGUCAUGGUAAAACUUGAAAUUACAAUCCUUUCGAGGAAAUAGAAAGUAAAAUAUGAUGGUUUGUCUAGUUGAUGUUCUUCAAGGAAGACGAUACCAACAUCACGAUCAUCAGAUUAUCAUUAGGUUACAGGGAAUUCUCGCCUGUAUUGAGAAGUUGAUUCUAAGCUUUUUAGUGUCCAAACAUAGAUCUCCAUUGCUAUUGAUCAAUGCCUUGGUUUUUCCUGGCAGCUCAUGGCAACGUUUUGAUCUAUAAUGUUACAAGGGCAAGCAGAAAAUGGGAAUAGACAAUCCAACCCCAUCGCCGCCCCGCCCCCCGCGCUUCUUUGUUUUUCCUCUCAAGCUUCAUGCUUAGAGGAGCUGCUGUCUUCAAAGGACGUCUGUCCCUGGAAAAUUGUUCUGACUGCAGCAAGUGACCAUAUUCAUAUCCUCAUGGACGAAUUUGCCAUCGGCCAAAGAUAACAACAAACUUUGCAUUAUCUCAGUGAUUCAAAUACAUAAAAGAAGGAACCACAUGAUACUCUAUGCUUAUGAUAUAUAAACUCGUCAAAAUGUAGCAGCUUCAUCUGCCUGGAGACUCAAAAUUUGAUAUCACCAUUGAUUUGCUGUUUGAAGGUAAACAAAGAAGGAAUAGCUGUACAAAUCUGUCCCUAUCAAUGAAGCCUCUGAUGGUGCUGAGCUCACGGUGGAAGCGAAAAACGCUUCCUAGAAACAUUUGUUAUUUCAAUCAUAAGGAUUAUUUUCUCUGCCGAAAGAGUAGGGCUAAAAAGAGAAACAAAUAAAUAGCAUUUAAUACAAUGAUGUCAUAAAUCACUAAUGGUCAGUGCUAGGACGAUUUUUUUUCUUCUUGUUGAAUAAAGUGCAGCUGCUGCUACUAUAUAUCGCUUAUCACAGUUCUAAAUAAAGUGACAGAAAAAAA